CAGCACUUCAACAAACAUUUCGAAACCAAAAGGUUUAUAAUUCAUGGACAGGGUUCUGAAUUUUCUCCGAGGAUCUGCCAGGGAAUGGAGCUAAGAUAACUGGAUUUCCAUUGCCCCCAGCCUGGGUAGAAGUGGGAGACAACCUCCUGCAGUGUCUUUCUCUGGCAUCAUAAAUCAUGAAAGGGGGUGGCAUUGCCAUCUGAGCUGCGGAGACGGUAUCCCACAAUGAUGGGGCCAGUGUGGUUGUGGCUGCUGGUAGCCGAGGUUCUGCUGCCUGUUCAUUGUCAGCCAUUUUCUCCCCAUGGAGAGAAGAGUCUGGGGGUGCCUCAACCAGCCAUCCACCAGCUCCUGGAGCCAGCACCCGCUUACCACAAGGUCACACCAACCAUCACUAAUUUUGCUUUGCGUCUAUACAAGCAGCUAGCAGAGGAGGUACCCAGAAACAUCCUCUUCUCCCCCGUGAGCCUCUCUAGCAUCCUGGCUCUUCUCUCUCUUGGGGCACCUGCUGACACCCAAAUUCAGAUUCUGGAGAGCCUAGGCUUCAACCUCACGGAGACCCCAGCAGCUGACAUCCACAGGGGCUUCCAGAGCCUCCUGCACACACUUGACCUGCCCAGCCCCAAACUGGAACUGAAAGUGGGGCAUUCCCUGUUCUUAGACAGGCAGCUGAAGCCUCAGCAGCGCUUCCUGGACAGCGCCAAGGAGCUGUAUGGAGCGCUGGCUUUUUCUGCCAACUUCACAGAUGCAGCUGCCACAGGGCAGCAGAUCAACGACCUGGUGAGGAAGCAGACCUAUGGGCAAGUGGUGGACUCUCUCCCGGAGUUUGGCCCUGACACCAUCAUGACUCUCUUGAACUAUAUCUUCUUCAAAGCCAAAUGGAAGCAUCCCUUUGAUCGCUACCAGACCCGGAAGCAGGAGAGCAUCUCCCGGGAGCAGAGGACGGCACUCCGCAUCCCAAUGAUGCGGCAGAAGGAAAUGCACAGGUUCCUGUAUGACCAGGAGGCAUCAUGCACUGUCCUUCAGAUCGAGUACAGCGGCACUGCCCUGCUGCUGCUGGUCCUCCCUGACCCUGGGAAGAUGCAGCAGGUAGAGGCUGCCCUCCAACCAGAGACACUGAGAAGGUGGAGCCGGAGGUUCCUGCCCAGUCUGCUGGAUUUGCACCUGCCAAGGUUUUCAAUUUCUGCAUCCUACAACCUGGAAGAGAUCCUGCCCCUCAUUGGUCUUGGCAACAUGUUUGACUUGGAAGCUGACCUAUCAGGAAUCAUGGGGCAACUCAACAGAACUGUCUCCAGGCACAGACAGUCCUUCUUCAAGCAAUCUUCCUCACCAUUUACUCUUCCAGAGAUGCCGACCUACAUGCAAAUAGAACAGAAUUGUGUACAAAUGGCUGAGAGGAGCCACUGGACGCUCAGGUGUGGGCUGAUGACUCGUCUCCACCCCUCAUUCUGUGAGGGAAUGUCAACAGUUGUGGCAGACACUUGUAGGCAUGCACAAACAGUCUCUAGAGAUGACAGCUUCUUUGCUCCACCCAUCCCUAGUAGGCAAUUCCCCCUAGAAGCAGCUGGCUGUGUAACCCUGGCUGGUUACAGAGCUGCUCCCUCUGACUUCUUCCAGGAUGGGAGUUAAAGGCCAACCCCUCUCUCAGAGGAGAAAAGGAGGACAAGAGAAACACCCAGUGACCCCCUAACUCUCCCAUCCUCCACAG